CAUCCCAUCUGGUCUUGGAAGUCGAUCAUUUUCGCUUCACUAACCUAACAUUCACAACUUUCCUUUUCGUGAACCUCCCAGGAAGCUGGACUCUCUUUUGUGACAUUGAUAUAUGCAAACACCGAGAGCUGCGGUGCAGUCACAAUAUACGCAAGAGACCCCACUGAGCCCAGCGCCUGUUGCACACGUAGCCCGCAAUGCUCGACGAGAACCUGCCCACCUUCUUCACCCGGCACGCGUCCGACAGCCCCCUAUCCACCAUACUGUACUUCACCCAGAACGGCUCCGAGCCAGCUCCCGAAUAUGCCUACAAGCGCCCUGACCCAAGUCUGCCGCAAUCAAAGAACAAAUACGCAGUCGGGUUGACGGACGCCUUCGGCCAGGAUGUGCUAUACGGUGAAGUCCUGAUCGAGCCCGAGUGGCAGCAGCCUACACUGUCCGCGGCCGAGAUCAGGGCACAGAAUGGCGUGCCGCCACCUCCCGUGCCUAUGAUACCAGAUGCUUUUACCAUCAACCUAUAUAACCCCGACCAGCAGAUCACAAUAAAGAGCGAGAAGAGCACAUGGACCGGCAAGGAAUCAUGGGAGUUUGAGAUGCCACAACACAGCUUCAAGAUGCCUUCAUCUUCAAAGUUGGACCAGGCAACAGGUCCGGCGGACGACAUUCUGGCGCCCAAGAUCAUGUUCCUGUGGAAAAGAGACAGCAAGUUCUCCAAAGACUUGACAUGCUACAUGACCGGAAGAUCUUUAGGGAAGAAGAAGAGUAAAGACCCGGACAUCACGGUCGCAAUGUACAAGCAGGGCAGGAACCCAGGCCUGACCAUAUAUGAGCCGAAUCUCAACAGAGUGGAAGUCGAGGACAGCAAGGGAUUUGAGCUAGUGCUCUUGUUGAGUGCUGAAGUAAUUCGCGAGGUUUACCUGUUUCCAAGCCGGGACUCGUUCAACAUUUCAGGUGCUCCCCCGACGAAGCGAAAGAACUCACGGCCCAUUCCAGCCGCAACACCACCAAAGACGUCUUCUCCCGUGAACAACCCGGGCGCUUAUGCCAUGACUGGAGCGUUGGGAAGCAUGCCGCCAGCCAACACGACCUCGCCCAUGACACAACAACCGACACCGCCGGUUGCGGUGGAUGCCGAAACGAAGCGCUUGCAAGCCCAAGUGGCGAAAGAGGAGCGCGAACGCGAGAGGCGGGACAAGGAGGAGCAAAAACGAAUCAAGAGGAUGCUCGAGGACGAGGAAAAACAGAGACGCCAGCGCGAAGCCGAGGUCGAGAAGGAAACGGAAGCACUAAGAAAACAGUUCGGUAUGCAGGGUCAGGACUAUGAGGGGAGCAGACCAAAUCUGCCACCACGGCAUGUGAACCAAGCCGUCCCGGCUCAAUCACAAUUACAGCCAUCUGUUACGUGGAACACCGCGGCGCCUCCCCCGAGGCCGGUGAGCACCGGUCCGUCGCAUGGUCCCAGUAGCUGGUUCAGCGGGCCCGGGACAGGGCCAAUGCUGGCACCGCAGCAGGUUGGACCACCCCAACAACCUCACAGCAGUUCGGGCAGGAGGAGGAAUGGGAGUGAAGGGAGCAAGAUUCAGAAGAAGCGUAGUGUGUUCUUUUGAUUGGAAUCCCUUGUGAUAUGUUGGUUUCAUUAAGAAGAGGCAUCGCGGAGCGUUUUGUUGAACUGCAUUGGACUGGCGCAAAAUGGCACAUCUCAUUGUUCACUAGGCUCGAAUUGAAGGAUGCAUUUUAUAAGCAUGAAUUCACGACAUCAAUUUUUCUUUUAGUUAAUUGUCCAACGUUACUUCAAAUUACGAACCAACUUCAUGUUUGAGAAUUUUGGCCUAGACCGGUAUUCUUCAUGUGGUAUGCGAGAAAAGCCAGAACUGUUUGACAGAGCCAUAUCUUCGUCAGUCUGCAACAUUCAGCUACUUCCUC